CACAUGAUGAUCAGCCGUUCACGUGACUCUCCUGCAGAAUGACGGAAGUAGGAAUGCGGCGCAGUAGUCUCUCAACAAUGGCCUUCACGUCGGUUUUAUUAUUUAUCUGCUCGACUUAUAGCUGUUAUGCUCAAGCGCCUCUGCUCAUGUGGACCAGUGAGGGGUCCAACAUGCCACAUCUGGCUCAACCAACAGCUGGUCAGACAGUGUCUGGUGGGCAGCUGGCGUCUUAUCUGAAAUCUGCCUUGUCCACUGCUCCACACAAUGUGCUGCUCUUCCUGCAGGAUAAGCUAAGUAUGGAAGACUUCACUAUGUACGGUGGAGUGUUUGGCAACAAGCAAGACAGUGCCUUUUUGAAUGUAGAGUCAGCACUUCAGACGUCCUCCAAUCCCCUGGUGUUGCCAGCCCUGGACUGGUCUGCAUCAAAUUCCAUCCUGGAACUCCUCCAGGGAGAGCUGGGUAUCCCAGCAGUCCAGAUCGACCCCAGCACCCUGAAGGAAAUUAAGCUGAACACCGCACAGCCUUCACUACUGGCUGUCCAUCUCCCUUACACUGCUGGGGAUCAGACAAAGGAAUUGCUUUUGAAAAAUGAUGCGAUCAUGGGAGAGGUCCUCGACAUGUUCAAAUCUCAGGAUGUGCCUUACACCGCUGUAUACACCGGCCUGAAGCCUUCUAGAGUCAUUGAGGACACCCCAGUAAUGGCAGGACAUUCUGUGGGCCGAUCGCUACUUCAGGCACCACCAGAGUCACCUGUGAAUCCCCCACUUGUCGUCAACAACACAGCGGGGCAGCCCUGCAUCCUGCUGUGGGCCGACACUCUCCUCGCUAGUUACUCUGGGAACCAGGUUGAUCUGGCAAGAGACAUUUUUAAUGGUUCUGCUGAUGUCACGGCUGGUUCUGUUUGCAAUGAAACACUGUCACGACUCAUCCUUAAUUACCGAAAUGUUCUGAAUUUCCGAUCCCUCCGGCUUAUGUGAGUAUUUAACACACAAUCCUUCAUUGAUAUGUAUUAUUUGUGAUUUUGAAGGAUCGAUACACAAUAUUGAUCGGACAUUGCAAUACUUUCGCAAUAUUUUGAACAGAUAAUACAUUUUUUAAUGAAUUAACAUCGGUCCCCAUGUACUGGCCAAUAGCAACACCAAAAUAGAAAUAUUAAUCUUGAAAUUAUCUUGAAAACAAAAACAACCCCCCCCCCCACACACACACACAAAAUUAUGUUAAG